AUGCCUGAAGCUACGCCGUUCACUUUCACGCAAGAACAAGCACGUAUAUUGCGAGAACCGCCGUGGAAACUUAACCUCUUCCUUUGGCCUGAUUGGCAGCAUAAGACCCCCGGGCCGAAGUGGGUGAUGCAUCCGGACAUCAAGUGCACGCCAUGUCGGGAGACUGGCGGGUCUUGCAUCAUCACCGACCUUGCGCCGAUUGGAACCGAAGAUCGGAAACUCACCAUACCGGGCCCCUGCCUGGAGUGCACGCUUUUCGACAGCGGCCGGCCUUCGCGAUCGGUUGAGCCCCUGCGGGAGCCAAUGUGCUUCAAUAACACACCUUACAGACCUGCGCCUGGUGGAGUGGGCCUGGUACUUGUUACAUCGGGGGCGGAGGGCGAAGAGGAGAGUGCUGCCGUGACAAGCCCUCCGCCUCAAUACCAACCUCAGCCUCUGCCAUCCGAUGCGGGAACCGGACCAGCAGCCAUACCUAUCUCCAAGCUCGCGUUCAGCGCCGCACCCACCAAGACAAUGAUCAGUGUCUCGACACAGACGGAGGACUGCACAAUGGCGGAGCUGCUGCGCAUGGUCGGCGAGGUCAAGCAGGAGAGUGCAGAUCGGCUGCGCCAGAACCGUGAGCUGGUCAAGGAUAUGGACGAGUUCAAGGGGCGUUUGGAGAGACUCGAAGCCGCUCACGCCAUGGCCUCGAUGGCUGGUUCGAUGCCGAUGCCGAUUCCGAUGCCCCACAACCCCUUCCAUCCUGACCAUCCAACGGAGUCUGAGAGGUCGCUGUCUGUUGCCCUCGACGUAGAUAUGGGAUAA